AUGCAGCGGAAGGAAUGUGAGAUGGCAGGAGCCCAGCAGCCUCUGGGAAGUGUGCGCACCGCCGCGCUCAUCCUGUGCAUCCUGUCCUACCUGCUGGUGGGCGCCGCGGUCUUCGACGCGCUCGAGUCCGAGGCAGAGAGCGGCCGCAAGCUGCUGCUGGCCCAGAAGCGGAGUGAGUUGCGGAGGAAGUACGGCUUCUCCGCCGAGGACUACCGCGAGCUGGAGCGCCUGGCGCUGCAAGCCGAGCCGCACCGCGCCGGCCGCCAGUGGAAGUUCGCCGGCUCCUUCUACUUCGCCAUCACCGUCAUCACCACCAUCGGGUAUGGCCACGCUGCGCCGGGCACGGACUCAGGCAAGGUCUUCUGCAUGUUCUAUGCCCUCCUGGGCAUCCCCCUGACGCUGGUCACCUUCCAGAGCCUGGGCGAGCGAUUGAACGCACUGGUGCGGCGCCUCCUGCUGGCGUCUAAGCGCCGCUUGGGCCUGCGGCGGCCGCGCGUGUCCACCAAGAACAUGGUGGUGGCGGGGCUGAUGGUGUGCGCGGCCACCCUGGCCCUCGGGGCCACGGCCUUCGCGCACUUCGAAGGCUGGACCUUCUUCCACGCCUUCUACUACUGCUUCAUCACCCUCACCACCAUCGGCUUCGGCGACUUCGUGGCGCUGCAGAGCGACGAGGCGCUGCAGAGGAAGCCACCUUACGUGGUCUUCAGCUUCCUCUACAUCCUCCUAGGCCCUGGGACUGAGUUUGGCGACGGCAGGGCAGGCAGGCCUCCGGCUCGACGGAAGUCCAUCUGA